AUGGAGCAAGUCAACACAACACAACGCUUGAAGGACCUCCGGGGCUUGAUGAAGAGCAACAAGGUAGACAUCUACAUCGUACCUUCGGAAGACGCCCAUUCAUCCGAAUACAUAGCACCCACCGACGCUCGACGAGAGUUCAUAUCUGGCUUUACUGGAUCGGCUGGCACCGCCGUGAUCACACACGAGAAGGCGGCACUCGCUACAGAUGGCAGGUACUUCAAUCAGGCCAGCAAGCAGCUCGACGACAACUGGACGCUGCUGAAGCAAGGUCUGCAGGACGUCCCGACAUGGCAGGAAUGGACGGUCGAACAAGCUGAGGAUGGCAAGACCGUGGGUGUGGAUCCAACUACCAUCACCGCACCAGAAGGCAAGAAACUGGCGGAGAAGAUUAAGAAGAAGGGCGGGAAAGACCUGGUAGCUAUUGCGACAAACCUUGUCGAUGAGGUAUGGGGUGACAAGAAGCCCGCGCGGCCGAACGAGCCGGUCAAGGUUCUGGGGUUGGAGUACGCUGGCAAGUCUUUCGAAGAUAAGAUCGAGGAGCUGAGGAAGGAGCUGGACAAGAAGAAGGCCGCCGGGUUUGUGGUGAGCAUGCUGGAUGAGAUUGCGUGGCUGUUCAAUCUGCGCGGCAACGACAUCCCUUACAAUCCGGUCUUCUUCUCUUACGCCGUCGUAACCCCCACGACUGUGACACUCUACAUCGACGAGUCGAAGCUCGAGGACAGCGCCAAGGAACACCUCAAGGGGGUUAAGAUCCGGCCGUACAACGAUGUGUUUUCGGACAUUGCCGCUAUGGCAUCUUCUGAGCCGGCAGCGAAUGGUUCCAGCGAGACUUCGAAGCCGAAGCGGAAAUACUUGAUCUCGACUAAAGGAUCAUGGGCGCUUUCCAAGGCACUCGGCGGCGAGGACAAGGUUGACGAGAUUCGCUCACUCAUUGGCGACGCGAAAGCGAUUAAGAAUGAAACUGAGCUGGAAGGCAUGCGACAAUGCCACAUUCGAGAUGGUGCCGCUCUGAUUGAGUACUUCGCAUGGCUGGAGCACGAGCUUGUCGAAAAGAAAGUGAAGAUCGACGAGGUCGAGGCGGCAGACAAGCUGGAAGCGACCCGCAAGAAACACGACAAGUUCGUCGGACUGAGCUUCGACACGAUAUCUUCAACAGGCGCCAACGCUGCUGUCAUACAUUACAAGCCAGAGCCCGGCAAUUGCUCAGUGAUCGACCCAUCGAAAGUCUACCUUUGCGACUCAGGCGCACAGUACCUGGAUGGCACGACCGACACCACACGGACACUUCACUUUGGCGAGCCCACUGCGAUGGAGCGAGAAGCUUAUACCCUCGUGCUGAAAGGCAACAUCGCGUUGGAGCUCGCCGUCUUCCCGAAAGGCACUUCCGGCUUCGCAAUCGACAUGCUCGCACGACAGUUCCUCUGGUCAUACGGUCUGGAAUACCGACAUGGUACAGGCCACGGCGUCGGCUCGUACCUGAACGUGCACGAAGGACCCAUUGGCAUCGGCACUCGCGUCCAGUACUCUGAGGUCCCGCUCUCGAUCGGUAACGUCAUCUCAGACGAACCUGGCUACUAUGAAGACGGCAACUUCGGCAUCCGCAUCGAGAACAUCAUCAUGGUUAAGGAGGCGCAGACGAAGCACAAGUUUGGCGACAAACCGUACCUGGGGUUCGAGCAUGUCACUAUGGUGCCGAUGUGCCGGAAGCUGAUCGACGUGUCUUUGCUGAGUGAUCGAGAGCGGAAGUGGCUGAACGACUAUCAUCGCGAAGUAUUGGAGAAGACUGCGGACUUCUCCAAGGAUGACCAGAGAUCGCGCAAGUGGCUGGAGAGGGAGUGUGCGCCGUAUUGA